AUGACCAACGAAGACCGUUACUCCCCGACUUCCGAAACCUACGAAAGAAGCGAAGCCCUCGCCCUCUCCCUCGUAGAAAGAUGCCGAGAUCUCAUCAACGAACUAGACGCCUUCCGCGCCCUUCUCGAGAAAACCCAGCGUAACCCCCAACUAGUCGAGAUCCGAUCCCUACGCUCCAAUGUCGUCUCCGAACUACGGACUCUGGAGAAAGUGUCCGGGCAGAUACGCGCGCUUGCGGAUGCAGCAGUAGCAGCAGCAGACGGUGAAGAAGAAGAGCAGGAAGUUGAGCCGAGACUGAUGCAUGCGUUGCGGUCGACGAAUUUGCCGUUUUAUGAGACUGUUUGGCAGAUCGCUCGGAGGAGUUGUACCGGGUUGGUUGCGUUUGGGAAGAGGUUUUAUUGGGAUGGGGAUGGGGUAGUCGAGGAUGAGGGAAAGAAGAGGCCGAAUAAGGAUAAGCGGAAGAGUGUGUUUGUGGAUAUUGUGGCGGAUGAUGGGCUGGAGUGGGUGAAGGUUUCUACGAUCUCGGAGACGAGGCUUUUGUUUGAGAUGGCUAAGAAGGGGUGGGAGGCGGAUUCGGAUGCUGAAUCGGGGGAGGAGAGGACUGUUUUACGGAAUUUUGACGAUGAUGGUGGUUCGGAUGAUGAGGAUGAGGAUGAGAUUGAGUUGGUUAAGUUGGCGAGUGAUAUGAGGAAGGCUGCCAAUCGCACCAGGGUGAGGUAUAGGCAUCCUCGCCUAAGACUAGUGAUACCAAAGAUUGAAGAAGGCGAGAGCCGUGAGAUUGAUGAUUUAUUGAAGGUUUUACGAAACUAUGAUAUCACGGUGGAAUGUGGUGAGAGUGCACUGUCCUCCAGGGUGGGUGGUAACGACGACGAUGCCACGAGUGCAACUGCUGAAGGGCAUCUACACCAUCUUCUCCCCGCGCCAUUCAAGAGCUUCACUUCCACUUUGAACGUGGAUUGUACAUUGUUGCUCGCCCUGGUAUCGGAUGUCUCGCACUUUAAGAAUAUAGAGCCUUCGCCAGAGUAUCAUAGGGCCAUCAUCCGACAGCUCGAGUUCGAACGUGAGCGGCCACUGCUGGCCACAGAGCUGUGGCCAGCAAUGGAAGGACACGACUUAGUGUGCACCGACGAGGCCACAAGACGUAUGCGUGAGAUCGUGAAUACAAUUGGCACCGAAACCGAGAAGAGACGAACGGAAAUAUUAUUCGGCGACACUCCAUCCGAGAGUCGGGGCACCAAAUCUGUCAUUCAAGAGUUCCAGGAACUGUCUGAUUAUGAAAUACCACCACAAUUAACGAUGCCUGUUAAGACAGUCAAAGCUAAGUCUUUGAUCGAUUCAGCAAUAGAACAAGGCAAACUUCCUCCAGUCUUUCAGAAAGUGGCAGAAGUUCUGUCUAAUAUUAACCACAGCGUGUUCUUUUAUGGCUGGGUGACCGGAAUGACGACCAUAUCGAGCAAUCGCACUGUGGUUAAACAGAUCGAGACAAUCAUUGAACAGCAUAGGAAUGGUGACGAAGACUUGGAGGGGCCGCAGGUUUGGGUAUGCGAUACAGCCAGGAGCUUGAUUGGGAAAGAGAAAGGCCGGAAAAGCUAG